AUGGCUUUUUACUUGGUAUCAAGUCCCGUACACGCCAAAAGCAGAGAACCAAAGUGUCGUAAUUACUGCACACUGGAAUAUAAUCCUCAAUGUGGUACAGAUGGAAAAACAUAUGGUAACCCAUGUUUUUUGAUAGCUGCCCUGUGUGUGAGUGAUGGAAAAGUGAGACUGGCUCAUCAUGGAGAGUGCAAACCAAAGCCGGAGCCAACGUGUGCCGUUGCUUGUCCCAGAAUAAGACUCCCUCCAGUAUGUGGAUCCGAUGGCAAUACAUAUCCCAAUUACUGCAUAUUGGAAGAGACUGCUUGUCAAUUCAAACAGAACAUCACGAUUGUGCACGAAGGCCUUUGCAAACCGAAGUGUCAGGCAGGUUGCCCAAAAAAUUACGAUCCUCAAUGUGGUACAGACGGCAAGACAUAUGGUAACCCGUGCAUGUUGAAAUAUGCUCAAUGUGAAAGCGACGGGAAAAUUAGACUAGCCCAUCAUGGAGAGUGUGAACCUAAGUGCCGACCAUAUUGCCCAUUGCCAUGGAGUCCUCAAUGUGGUACAGAUGGUAAAACAUACAGUAACCCAUGUUUUUUGAAAGCUGCAUUGUGUGAGAGUGAUGGAAAAGUGAGACUGGCUCAUCAUGGAGAGUGUGGACCAAACCCGGAGCCAACGUGUGCCGUUGCUUGUCCCAGAAUAAGACUCCCUCCAGUAUGUGGAUCCGAUGGCAAUACAUAUCCCAAUUACUGCAUUUUGGAAGAGACUGCUUGUCAAUUCAAACAGAACAUCACGAUUGUACACGAAGGCCCUUGCGAACCUAAGUGCCGACCAUAUUGCCCAUUGCCUUGGAGUCCUCAGUGUGGUACAGAUGGUAAAACAUAUAGUAACCCAUGUUUUUUGAAAAGCGCAUUGUGUGAAAGUGAUGGAAAAGUGAGACUGGCUCAUCAUGGAGAGUGCGGACCAAACCCAGAGCCAACGUGUGUCGUUCCUUGUCCCAGAAUAAGACUCCCUCCAGUAUGUGGAUCAGAUGGCAAUACAUAUCCCAAUUACUGCAUUUUGGAAGAGACUGCUUGUCAAUUCAAACAAAACAUCACGAUUAUGCACAAAGGACCUUGCAGUGAGUGA